AUGAGGACAUCAUCAGCUCUGGCCGCCACGGCCGCGGUUUGCGCCGCGGGCUUAACGACGGCGCAGAGAGUGGUACCGGUCGGCAUCAAGCGUUCGGAACACAGAUUGCCAGUGCCGCCUACUCUCAACAAGCGUAACACGUACACGCAAAGCCUGAACAACAACAUUACGGGCGCCGGCUACUAUGCCGCUGUCGCCGUCGGCACGCCGCCGCAGAACCUUUCCCUCGUCCUUGACACGGGCAGCAGCGAUAUCUGGCUCUUGUCGACAGAUGCGGAUCUGUGCGAAGACACCUACGAUCAGCGAAUUUACGGGUACUGCCUCCCAACAUAUGAGCCCGAUGAUAGCUCGACCUAUAAACUAGUUGACAGGAAUGGUUUCGACAUCAGCUAUGUCGACGGCACGGGCGCCCAGGGCGACUACAUCAAGGACGACUUUUACGUCGGCGGAGCCAGCAUUAAUCAACUUCAAAUGGGUCUGGCGACAGAGUCCACCAUCCCAGUCGGCAUCAUGGGCGUUGGCUUUGCGGCCAACGAGGCUGUAUACGAAGAGGAUCGCUAUCCCAACAUUAUGGAUGUUUUCAUCAGCCAAGACCUCAUUGGUUCAAGGGCGUACAGUCUCUACCUGAACGACUACGGAUCAAGCACUGGAUCCAUUCUCUUUGGAGGCAUCGACACGGAAAAGUUCAUUGGCGAGUUGACUUCCAUUGACCUUGUCACGGAGCAGGGCUACGACGAGAUCUAUUCUUUUACAGUCCCUCUCAAUGCCUUGUCCAUGAGCAUCAAUGGGGCUCAGAAUGACAGUAUCGCCCUGAGCGACCCAGUCCCCGUCAUCCUGGACUCUGGCACAACCCUGACAUAUGUUCCAUCGACAGUCGUCUCCGACAUCUACUCAGCCGUCGGCGCCAAGUACGCCAGCAACUACGGCAUCUCGUACAUUGACUGCAAGUACAUGACUUCGGACCUUGAAUUCGGGUUCCAGUUUGGCGGCUCCGACGGUCCUACCAUUGUCGUCCCUGCCGACGAGGUCGUCUUUGACACGGUCGACACCCUCGAGGAAGCCGGCUACGACACCCCCCGCGGACUUGGCUUCGACAGCGACGACGCCUGCCUCUUUGGCAUUCUGCCCAACGACGAAUACUACCUGCUCGGCGACACCUUUUUGCGCAGCGCCUACGUCCUCUACGACUUGGACAAUUACCGCAUCGCCAUUGCCCAGGCCAACCUCAACAGCACCACCAGCAACGUGAUCGAAAUCACAAACAGCUCCACCUCGCUGCCUGACGUUACCGGCGUCGCCAGCCAGGUCCAGGUCACCCAGACCGCCACCGGACUCCCGGGCGUCGGGGGAGGCGGACUGCCCACCGUGACCGUCACGGGCACCGCGUCUGCGAGCACCAGCGGCAGUGCCGGUGCUCGCGCUGUGCCUGCCCCCGACUGGAUGGCGGCGGUCAUCGCCGCAGUGACGGGACUCGGUGUGCUGGCAGGAGGCAUGAUUUUUGCCUUGUAA